AUGGCCACGUCUGACGAGUUUCCGUGUAUCCUAACCAUCGACACUCCCUUCCCUACCCAUCGCCUAGCCAGCGCCGCAAUCCGCUCCCUGUCGGUCGAUCAGGAGCUCUCGCCUCUGGUCCGUCGCCAGUUCUCGCUUCAUCGUCCCUCAGAUGCCCCUCCGAAUGCGGACGAUGCUACCGUACUUCGCACUGUCUACCGUGCCACUACCAACCGUAUGCUUCGUGUCUCGGUGAAUGGCUUCUUCGAGAGUCUCAAUGUCGUCCUGCAAGUCAUGCAGGAGCUCGAUGUUGAUGUCCUCCAAGACCAGGGCCUCGAGGAUCUUCAAGGCGCUCAAGGCGUGGAACAAGGAAUGAUCGGGACCACAAAGACUGGCGCCUGA